AUGACUGAGAGAGAGCAUGUAACAACUACAUCUCAUUUUGAAUCAAAAACUACCGAGACUUCGGCCAAACAAACGCCAAAAACGACUAAAGCAUGUACCGUUUCCGGAGCUUUCAGUCAUCAUUCCCGCAAUUGCCACAAAGAAGAUACAAGUUCAGCAUCUAAAAGAUUGAGCUGA